AUGUGGCAUAAAAAAAACAGACUGAACACAGAGUGUAAAGUGUAUAAGGCGAAAUUAAGAAUAAAUAUAGCCAAAACAGGUGGUGGAACCAUAGAUAUAAAAGAAGAUCCCCUGCUAGAUCUAAUAGCAAAUUUAAUUGGACGUGCUACUGUAGGUAUCAAAAAUGUAAACGAUUGUGAUGCUAUUUCUAACGUCAAUGACAGUGUAAUAGUACAAACUGUGGUUUUCGAUAUGGAAGACAUUGAAAUAGAAGAAAUGGUGGUUUCAGAUAUCGAUGUUAUUAUCGAGGAAGAAUCGGAAGCUACUAUUACUCCUGGGCCAUUCAACAUUUUAAAUCAGACUGCUUUGCGCAGUAGAAGACGUCCAAAAGUAUUAAAGUGUAAUAAAGAUAUAUUAGCUGAACUAAAAAUUGAAAAUGAAAGAAAAAAAGCAAAACUUCUGGAUGAUGAACAAAAUAGACUAAUGGCAGCAGAAAAACGAGCAACAUGGGUUAUAAUUCGAAUGGUAAUUCUUGUUUGGCUGGUAUUAUCGGAAUGGUCUCCAAUUCUGACAAACGCCGCUAGUUCCCCAAAAAGGAAAGACCAAGGUAUGUGUGUAGAUGCGUUCAUGUUUGGAUCGUGUUGUGCGCACAACUCAACACAAAAUACUUUGCUUCCGCCUCAGCAACAGCAUUACUCCAACAAACCACAAAUUCUUUAUACUCAUUCAAGUUCUAGUCCUAGUCAAAGUCAAAAUAGUCAUAGCAAUAACUAUAAUAAGCCAACCAAACCACUUAGUCAUUAUAUUAGCACUAGUAGACCUAAACCAAACAGGAUAUUUUACAGCCACCAACAGGCCAGUAAUUCCACUAGAUCGUCUUUAGCGACACCUUCUUCUACUUUAGCAACAUCCACCAACGAGAAACCAGAAUAUUCCUGGAGGAUAUCGACACCACCUCCUAGGCCACAAGAACCUAUGAGGCCGCAAUUGAUUACAUCACUUUCGGAAAAAGUUACACCGAUGCCAACCCAAGUGCCUUCAUCAACUUCUGGUGGUGUAACUAUGUCAACAACUUCAGCAGCCAGUGUUGAUAUACCUUGUGGAGUACCCCAAAUGUUCACAAAACCACAAACGAGAAUAGUGGGAGGAAAAAAUGCACCUUUCGGACGGUGGCCCUGGCAGGUAUCAGUCAGAAGAACUUCUUUUUUUGGAUUUUCGAGUACACAUAGAUGUGGAGGUGCUGUGUUAAAUGAAAACUGGAUGGCGACAGCCGGACAUUGUGUUGAUGACUUACUUACAUCACAAAUUCGUAUAAGAGUAGGAGAAUACGACUUUUCUAAUAUUCAAGAGCAGCUUCCCUACGUCGAACGAGGAGUUUCACAGAAGAUAGUUCAUCCAAAAUAUAACUACUUCACCUACGAGUAUGAUCUUGCCUUAGUUCAAGUAGAUAAACCAUUGGAGUUCCUGCCACACAUUUCGCCUAUUUGUUUACCUGCCUCGAAUGAUCUACUUAUAGGAGAAAAACGCCACUGUAACUGGAUGGGGUAG